AUGUCCUGUCGCAGCCCUACCCCCUGCCGCGGCCACAACGCCACGCUCUCACCUCCGCGCCCCGUAAUGAACAAUAUAAAUGUGCUAUUUGCUGCGCCGCUGCGCUCACCAGACGCCUCGAGAUGCCGUCCCGGUGAGUACAGGCGUCUUUUAACACCGUCCUUUCGCCUCUCCGGAGCGUGGUGGACAUGUGUGCGUGUCAGCUGUACAUCACUC